CGGAAGUCGAAUCAACAAACUUGGCAAACAAUAAUAAAUGGGUGAAAAAGUGUUUAUAAAAAUAAGUAUUUUUUAUGAACCUUUUAUAAUAGUUUAAAUAUGGCAGCAGCCUUUCAACAGCAGAUAUUUGCGCUUGAUGCUAGAUUCAAUGCAUACAGAGCGCCGGGGAAUCCGAAUUUUAAAACAUUAUAUAUUCGACGACGCAGUCAACUUUUAAGGGAAAAUGCAAAGUUUAAGGACAUUGAAACUAUAAAGAAAUACAUUAAUAUUAGAAGUCAGUUACUGCAGCGAAGGUAUGGAGUCCAAGAUAACAUCUCAAUCAGCUCUUCAUCCUCUCGAGCCAGGUCUAGUAGUAAGGCAAGCUUACCCUUUGAUGACAUCCCAAGCAGUCAUAUGAAGAAGAAAAAUGACUUAACUAUAUCAGAAAACUAUGCUUUUACUGGAGUUCAUCAUAUUUUUGAUCAGCACAGAGAUGAGGUGAGUGUUGUGAAGUUUGCAAACAAUGAUCGUUCAAAGCUGUGCUGCGCAUCACGCGAUGGCACUGUCUCUAUUUGUGAUGUAACGGCGACUCCACCGCGAGUCUCCGUCAUACUGGAAGGACACACAGAUGCUGUCACCGACUGCGACUGGUCGGCGUCCAACGAGUUGGUGGUGACGUGCGGGCUGGACGGCGCGCUAUGCGUGUGGGACGUGGCGCGGCGCCGGCGAGGAAUGGUGGAAGUACUAAAUGUAUCGACAGGGAUAUAUCCCAGAGGUGGUAGCAGUAUCUUGGGCGGCAAGGUGCAGGCCAUCGCUUGUGAGUCCAGCGGCAGAAUGUUCUGGGCUGCCAACGACAAGGGUGUGAUAGUGAGUUACCGCACGUCGGGCGCGGGCGCGCUGAGCAAGCUGCGGCGCUGCAGCGUGGGCGGCGCCGUCACCAGCCUCAGCUGGAGCCCCUGGCUGGCGCGCCACCCCGCGCUGCUCGUCAGCGCCGCGGACAACUCGCUCUACCUAUUCAGGAUAACAGACCGCGAAGGCAGCCUGAGCCUGAAGAAGCGCUUCGAGACGGUGCAUCGCAGACACGGCGUGAGGUCCACCUUCUGCCCCAUCAUGUCGUUCCGGCGCGGCGUCUGCGUCGUCAGCGGCGGAGAGGACGCCUGCGUCUACUUCCUCGACAUCGAGGGCCACGCCGGGCAGCCCGUCCUCAACAAGCUGCAAGGACACGCGUCUGCGGUGCUGGGCGUCAGCUUCAGCUACGACGAGAGCCUGCUGGCCAGCAGCGACGUCUCCGGACUCGUCAUCAUCUGGCGCCGCGGCUGACUGCACUGCUUUCUCUGUCUAACCCAUUUCUCUAAAUAAAGAUCGACAACAGAACAUAAUCGAACUGGAAGUAGAAAUGUGUGCAGCAGUUAAUAUCAUAAGUGACAUGUAA